AUGUCUGAAAAUAUUCAUCUAUCAGGCGAAGAAGUUGAAGAUUUUAAAGAACAAGAUCGUUUUCUUCCAAUAGCAAAUGUAGCACGUAUAAUGAAAAAAGCUUUACCAGACAAUGCCAAAAUUGCAAAAGAGGCCAAAGAAUGUGUUCAAGAAUCAAGUGAUCGUUGUCAACAAGAAAAAAGAAAGACAAUUAAUGGAGAAGAUAUUUUAUGGGCUAUGCAAUCUCUGGGUUUUGAAAAUUAUGCUGAGGCUCUGAAGAUUUAUUUGGCAAAAUAUAGAGAAACGACAAAAAUUGAAAGAUCUUCAACUACAAAAGAAAAGGAUGAAUCAACAGAUGAUUAUAAUCAGAAACAAUUUUUUAAUGACCAAUAUUGGGAUCAUUUGUAUCCUUACGACAGCUUCAGAAGCAAAAGGUUCGUGGUUCGCGUCAAGGAUAUGCCUGUUUCAAAACUCAUGUUUCGUAACUGGUGUUUUUCCAAAUCUAAACUUCAAGAAACACGCGAAAAAAAUCAUGCGUCAUCUGUUGAAAAAGUAAAAAAAAAAUUGGCAGAAGAAUUGGAAUUAAGAAAACAAGCAUUGGAGACUACAAAUUUAGAGCAGGAGAGAGUCAAUUCACCCAGUUUAUCACCACCAUCAGAAACUGAUUUUUUAACAUUGGAAGAUGAAAUUGCUUUAUGUGAUUUUUUCCAACACCAAAUAUUUUUUGUGCCAAAGCAAUUUUCAGAAGAAAUAUGUAAUAAUAAAUUUACUGAUAAAGUAAAGGCCACAGCUAUAACUUUUGCCAAAAGAUUUUAUUUAAGAAAUACUGUGAUGGAUUAUCAUCCUAAAGAUUUAUAUUCUAAGGAUUCUAAAAAAAUACAACAAAUCUAUGAGAAAUCUAAAGAAUAUAUUAACACAUCACUUUUUACUGACGCAAUGUUCAUCUAUCAACCAUCACAAAUUGCAUUAUCAACAAUUAGAAUUGCAUCAAAAUUUUAUAAUUUUGAUAUUGAAGUAUAUUUAAAAUUAAAAUUUAAUUCUGAUCCAGCUGAUAAAGUUGAAAAUCUUUACAAAAUACUUGAUGAGAUUGAGUUAAUUAUUAAAAAUUAUGAACCAGUUUUAGUUGAUAGAGCAAGAGAAGUUGAUGCAAGAUUAAGAAAAUGUAAAAAUCCUGAAAAAAAUCCAAAUAGUGAAAUAUUUAAGAAAAGAAAAUCAGAGAGAGAAGAACUUGAAGAAGCAGAGCGGCAUAAAAAAAAGAGAUCAGAUGAUGAAUAUCAAAAUACAUUAAAAGCUGUAUUUGAUUAA